CUCCAAGAACAUGGAGGUGCAGACUACAAUAUAUUUGAAUUUAUGGUGGUGCUAAUUCAUAGUGAGCAAUACAGAAGAGAAAUAAUUCAAGAUUGACUGUCCUUGUUACCUAGAUCGACAGAGCAUUGGCGUGUUCCAAGGUUGAUUUCGUGUAGCAUACACUACAUUUCUUGAAGAGCCUAUAUUUCAUUGUGUAUGGGAGCUUGAGGACUAUGACAUGGAGGAGUGGAGGUUGGUGCACAAGUUUCUGAACACCGAUCUAAAUUCCACAAGAGGAUUUAUCCUCCACGAUGGAGAUGCUUUCUGCGGGGGAGAAAACAGCUCCCGCGUAUUGCUAUUCAACUUGCAAAGUGGAGUGGUGGAUGAGGAUCACGAGUAUGAGUUGGUUGCCCGGGGCCAUGAGUUUUCCUUCUGUGAUGUGGAUGUCCAUCAGAUUGCUGAGAUCAUUGCUGGCCCAGUGCCAUCCUUGUUGUUGCCAUCGCGGAAAAAGCUAGAGGCACGGCGCUUUUGACACAAUUGUGCCAGUAGAAAAGUGAGAUAGAUUGGUCCUAGCUUCUGCCUACAGAAGACACACGCAGCUGAGAAAAUGGUUGCCGAAGUCGCGGAAUUGUUCAAGAAUGAUGACGGAGUACGGUAUGAUGCGGUCUUGUGCAGGAAAAGAUCAUACAUUAGAGCUUCUUUUCUUUUUAAUUCUCAUGGAAGAGGAGAAGUAGGCUCCCAGAGUAUUAUUUGUUUCAAAUAAAUACACAUCAAAGUUACUCUCAAGAACAUUGUUUUAUUAUGGAGUAUGACUUAGUUUUCGUACUCGGUAAGUGUUAUCAUCU